AUGGUUCCCGCUCUCAGCCGCUGGCACCCAAGUGGGAAGUCCAAGAUCGUGAAAGACCUGCAGUCUCUCCAUGCAGAGAAACCUGCCAUUGAGAACCCUACCAAGCACAGCUCCACACUGACACAGGAAGGCGAAUACUUCCUGAAGGUGCUGAUCCCCAGCUACGCCGCGGGCUCCAUCAUCGGCAAGGGCGGCCAGACCAUCGUCCAGCUGCAGAAAGAGACGGGCGCCACCAUCAAGCUGUCCAAGUCCAAAGACUUCUACCCGGGAACCACUGAGCGGGUGUGCCUGGUGCAGGGCACAGCGGAGGCCUUGAAUGCGGUGCACAGCUUUAUUGCGGAGAAGGUCCGAGAAAUCCCGCAAGCGAUGACCAAGCCCGAAGUGGUCAACAUCCUUCAACCUCAAACCACGAUGAAUCCUGACAGAGCCAAGCAGGCCAAGCUGAUCGUCCCCAACAGCACAGCCGGCCUGAUCAUCGGCAAAGGGGGCGCGACGGUCAAAGCGGUGAUGGAACAGUCGGGGGCCUGGGUGCAGCUGUCCCAGAAGCCCGAGGGCAUCAACCUGCAGGAGCGCGUGGUGACGGUCAGCGGCGAGCCCGAGCAGGUGCACAAGGCCGUGAGCGCCAUCGUGCAGAAGGUCCAGGAGGACCCGCAGAGCAGCAGCUGCCUCAACAUCAGCUACGCCAACGUGGCCGGCCCCGUGGCCAACUCCAACCCCACCGGCUCCCCGUACGCCACGAGAUUUGAGGUGGUGGUAGACUGA